AUGAACAUAGGUGAUGGGGGAAAAGUGGGAAUUUGGGGUGGUAUAUCAGGCUUUGGAACAACAAGUGCGAAAAUUUAUACUCAAAAUAUGAAUGGCCAAUUAUAUUGUGAUGUGUUACAAAACCAGGUGAAACAAUCUAUGGCUAAAAUUCCGAAAAAUAUCAAGAUGAUCUUUCAACAAGACCUAGCUCCGUGGCAUACAUCGAAUAUAGUGAAAGACAAAAUUGCGAAAUUAAAAUUUCAUGCACUUGAUUGGACUCCAAAAAGCCCGGAUCUUAAUCCAAUAGAGAUGUUAUGGUCGAUUAUCGAUAAAAAACUGGCUUCAAAGCCAAUUUAUUCCAAAACGGCUCUCAUCGACCGUCUUCAAGAAGAAUGGAACAACAUUGAUAGGAGCCUAUGCAUAAAAUGGGUCGAAUCAAUGCCCGAACGAAUCCUAAGAUGCUUGGAUGCCAAAGGUGGACAUUUCCUUUCACUUUUUUUGAAAGAUUUUGUAUUGGUUUAA